AUGGAGCACCAAUCUCGUGGCGGUUGCAACGGCAGACCUCGGUUGCAAAAUAUAUGCUCGCAUUUGCAAGUUGACAACAAGGGAGCGAUAGACCUAGCGAAAGGAGAAUCCUUAACAAGAAGGUCGCGCCAUAUCGAGAUAAGAUACCAUAUCCUCCGCGAUUUGGUUGAAAAAGGUGAAAUCAUGAUGGAACAUGUUGGUUCUACGGCCAAUAUAGCUGACGGCCUCACCAAGCCGCUGGCAAGGCCUGCUUUUGAAGAAUUUGUUAGAAGAAUUGGGUUAAUGGAGAUUGGCAAAGAAGGUUGA